UCCACAAAAGCACGGAAUGUGACUAGGCAACACUGCACCUUAAACGCGGCCCUUUAUUGAGCGUGCUUUCAGCUGACACUGUCACACGAGGCGCAUCGCUGGUAAUCGCCUCAGUGAGCGGGAACACCCCGCUGUCUCCACACUGAGUCCACGGCUUCUGGCAGUGCCAGCUUUCGGAGACAAUGCUGAGGGGAUUUUUAUUUUUGUUGUUACUGAUUUGAGUGAUUCAUAUCACUUGAGGUGCUUUUCCAAGUUCCAUCCACACGGACAAUUCUGCUGAAACAACGCUGGCUCCAGGUUCUCUCGGAUGUAGGCUAAUUCUCUCAGCAUCAUGAGCGCGAGCGCAGUACCUUAUCAGCAGAGCUCCUACGGCAGUGAUCGAAGCUCUGGACCAAUCUACUGCUUCCGCUGCAGAGAACUGUGUAAAGGGGAGGUUGUACGAGUGCAAAGCAUCCACUUCCAUGUGAAGUGCUUCACUUGCCAAGUGUGUGGCUGUGACCUGGCUCGUUCGGGAUUCUUCCAGAAGAGCGGCGAGUACAUCUGCACGGCAGACUAUCAGCGACUGUACGGUACGAAGUGCGACAGCUGUGGGGACUUUAUCACAGGAGAGGUGGUCUCAGCGCUGGGCCGUGCAUACCACCCAAAGUGCUUUGUCUGCAGCGUCUGCAGAAAACCCUUUCCUAUUGGAGACAGGGUGACAUUCAGUGGCAAAGAGUGUGUCUGUCAACAGUGCUCUCACAAGCUUGUCUCUUCAAAUGAGCCGAUCAAGAUUCAUGGGCCAAGUCACUGUGCAGGCUGUAAGGAAGAGAUCAAGCAGGGCCAGUCUCUCCUGGCAUUGGAGAAACAGUGGCAUGUCAGCUGCUUUAAGUGCCAGACCUGCGGAAUGGUUCUCACCGGAGAGUACAUCAGCAAAGAUGGUAUUCCUUACUGUGAAUCAGAUUACCAUGCCCAGUUUGGAAUAAAGUGUGAGUCCUGCAACAGAUAUAUCAGCGGACGAGUACUGGAGGCUGGAGGGAAACACUACCAUCCUACCUGUGCUCGCUGUGCCCGGUGUCAGAUGAUGUUUACGGAGGGGGAGGAGAUGUACCUGACAGGUUCUGAGGUGUGGCAUCCAGUGUGUAAGCAGGCAGCUAGGGCAGAGAGGAAGCUGCGAGUACGACGCAUGUCUGAAACCUCCAUCUCACCUCCAGGCUCCAGCAUCAGCUCCCCCAGCCGAGUCAUCUGUGCCAGAGUGGAGAACGAGGUCCUAGAGUACAAAGAUCUGGCUGCGCUGCCUAAGGUUAAGGCCAUUUACGAUCUGCAGAGGCCUGAUUUCUUAUCCUAUGAGCCAUAUCACAGAUACUACUCCGACGACAGGCUAGAGCGCCUCAGCUACGGGGAGUCUCUGGGAACACUCUCUCCUUAUUCUCAGGACAUGUAUGACAGUGUGGACCUGAGGCAGCGGCGCUCUUCUAGCCCCGGCUAUAUUGACUCACCCACCUACAGCAGACAGGGCAUGUCGCCCAUCCUGCCUCGCUCGCCUCAGCACUACUACAGAUAUGGCUCUGAGAGUGGCAGGAGCUCGCCAUAUUACCCACAGCUGGAGGCCAGGUCCAGCACACCCACCACCAACCAAGCACCCAAGCAUUUCCAUGUGCCAGCAACAGCGGAGCCCAACAUCUACCGGAAGCCUCCCAUCUAUAAGAGACAUGACAAUCACAACACAGCCACCAAAAGCAAGACGAGUGAAGAUCUCCUCCAAUCCUCCAAGUUCUCAACAGCCUAUUCACCUGAGCACUACCAGCACUCACAAUCUGAAUACUACCAGUACACCAGCUCUCCUAAAUCUUUACGGGUUCCCCGGAGAAGAUUCUCAUCAGGAGGAGAGGAAGAUGGUUGGAAUUAUGGCCUUCAAAGAAUUCAGGGUGGGAUCGGCAGGAUGAUCCUGAAGGAGGAGAUGAAAGCCCGCUCCGGUUCCUAUGACAACGACCCCUGGGGCAGCGCACGGAACUCCCGCAGCGGCAGCAAGGAGACGCUGCACAGCAUGAGCUACAACAACACCAUCAACGGCUCUCCCCAGGCACCCUAUCCAGCUGAAAAUGACUACAUAUCUAAAUCAGCCUCUUUACCAGGGUAUGGCAGGAAUGGAAUUCAUAGGCAGCAGAAUACAGACUACUUUCAGUAUGACAGCGGAAAUGAAGUCAACUGGGGAAUCAGAGAAUACAAGGUUUACCCUUAUGAGGCUCUGAUUGUGACCACCAGAGGGCGAAACCGGUUACCAAAGGAUGUAGACAGAACCAGACUGGAGAGGCAUCUCUCUCCUGAGGAGUUCUACCAGGUAUUUGGGAUGACCAUGGCCGAGUUUGACCGACUGGCACUGUGGAAGAGGAACGAAAUGAAGAAGCAAGCCAGGCUGUUCUAGUGUUCCUGCUCUACAUGCAGAGACAGAGCUACUCACCUGUCCAAAUCCAGCCAAACAAAUACUGCCUCUUCACUACACAUUCAUACCCCAACUGAACAACAGACGCACUGUGCCACUGGACAUGUGACAGGCACAUACUUAGUAUUACAUGGACCAGGAUCUGUGAGAGGAAGAAUGAGAAAAAGAGAGUAAUGAGAAAGACUUGUGGUCAUAUUUGGCUCUUUGUUUUAAGUGUUGCUUUAAUAGGUUGUUUUUUUUUAUUUAUGAAUGGCAAGAAUGAGGACAUGUGAAGAUUUGGGAUUUUGCCUUACAUUUUUGGUUAACUUGCACCAGCAGAGUGACUAGAAUGUAGAGUGUUAAUCAGAGAUUUUGUUUUGUUGUUCAUCGCUUGGGUAAACACAUUAAUAUCUUUUCUUAGCAUUUACUUCUCUUUAUGGACCAUUUUUCAGCUUAAAAUAGUGGCACACAGCAGAACUAAAGCAAAAUAAUAGGUUAGACUGAUGGAAACAUGCAAGCUUUUGCAUGACCAUGGAAACCAAAGUUUGACUGUCGUGUUUGAUGUAAAGAAUAAACAAAAUGUAGGGAAUGAGCACCACUCUUGCUAUUGUGAGUACUGAAUGUAAAUUUUCUCCACAAAAAAAAGAGGAUUAUUAGGCACAGUCUGAAGAAUGUGUUGAACCAUCCAUAGAGUUUUGUGAUGGUAGAGGUAGGCAUCAGUGGCUAGUUUAUCAUUAUUUCUUGCAAUCUUGAAGAAAAAUAUCUAGGAAUAUCUACACUGACGGCUGAUGCGGAGUGUUAAAGAAGAAAUAUAAGAGGGUCAUGGUGCAUUUUUUUUUCCAAGAUGCUAUAUUAAUGCUUCUGUUUACUCGUAUUUAGAGUUAUCGUUGUUGGGAAGGAGCUUUGAUUUUAUUUUUAAUUAUUUUAUUUUUUCUUCAGCAACCUGUUUUGGACUUGUUCCAUUUUGGCUUAUGGCAUUAAGUUAAUACUCAUACGCUAUGUCACAUUUGCUCUUUGUUUAUAUCGCAAGCGUGCUUAUGGAUUGAUUGUUCGGACAAUCAGAAAGGCGUCCACUACGAUGUGUAAUUUUACUAGAGUGUACAUGAAACUAUUGCAACAAAUAACAGAACUGACCACUAUUGCACUUAAUUAGGACCUAAUAGUGACGUCCUUAAUGCCAAGGGAUAAUUAUGUGCAUUGUGUAUAAUUAUAUAAGUUUUGGACCUCACAAACAAACAGGUAAAACAGGUCUCUUUGUUUUUUUGUUUUUUUUGUUCCGCCUUUGCGUGUAGUGUUUACUGCCUGUUUGCCAUUAGAAUGUUAUGAAGUGUUCUACCGGCUUCAUAGUCAGGUGGGAGGUUGAAGUUAGAACAUAUUUUUGAUUCUCCCUUUUUUUAAACAGUACAGCUACCUGUCUAGCUAACUUUAUUUAUCUGUCAGUACAGUUUCAGCAAAACUAUGUACAUCUUAUAUUUAAAUAAAAAGGUUGUUUCUUGUGUA